AUGCUCUUCCCAAUAGACUCUUCAAACCAGAUACUGGAUGCGGGCCGAAAGCGAGCCAUACUGCUGAGCUCGGUGGGCAGCAAGACGUACAGUCUGAUGAGGAACUUAUUGAGUCCGGAUAAACCGGGGGAUAAGUCGUUUACGGAGUUGACAAGCUUACUUCAGUCCCAUUAUAACCCGAAGCCGAGUGCAAUAGUCCAGAGGUUCAAGUUAAAUUCACGGACUAGAAUGGCAAAUGAAACGGUAACGGAGUAUGUUGCAGUGCUUAGGGAACUGGCACAACAUUGUGAUUAUGGGGACAGACUGACUGAAAUGCUACGAGAUAGGCUCGUAUGUGGCAUUGCAGAUGACCGCAUUCAACGCAGAUUGUUAGCGGAGCCUGAGUUGUCGUUUACAAAGGCCUUGAAGUUGGCCCAGGCCAUUGAGACAGCGAAUAAAGACAUUCGUGAUUUACAGCCGAGAAGCAUUGAAGGGGUGGGGAGCAGGAGUGUUAACCCACUGCCAGUACAUAAAGUGGCCAUGGAGCAUAAACCACAAGGGAAGUCUGGUCAGUAUGCUUGUUACAGGUGUGGUGGUGACCAUUUGUCACGGAACUGUCGUUUUUUAAACGAAAAAUGUCAUGCUUGCGGAAAGAAGGGCCAUGUAAAGAAAAUGUGCCGGUCCAUACCCUCAAAGGUACAGCCACGAAAGGGGGAGGAAAAAAGCAGUGUCAUGGACAGAAAGGUAAGCCGAAAACUAAAAGGGCAGUAUGCACACCACAUGAGGGAAGGUGCAGAGCAAAAAACCCGGGAAACAGAGGAAGUGUUUACCAUGUUGAGCAUGAAAGAGGCAAGGUGGGAAAGAGUGGAUCCCAUUACAACGCAGUUAGACUUAAAUGGGGAAAUAGUUCCUAUGAUGGGAAUGGCAAAAGUAACUGUCAAACAUAAAGACAAAGUCAAGCAGUUGCCAGUCAUGGUAGUAGCAGGUAACGGACCAAACCUGUUAGGCCGAACGUGGUUAAAAGAGUUGGACAUGGGUUGGUUGCAGCUACAUAAAGUAGACCAGCAGGGCCUGACCUUGCAAGAUGUGCUGGAGAACAAUGAAGAAGUGUUCAAAGAGGAACUGGGUACCUGGAGGGGCCCACCAGCAAAGAUACAUGUUAAUGAAAACGCAACGCCAAGAUUUUACAAACCCCGACCCGUACCAUACGCAAUGAAAAAGAAAGUUGAGUUUGAGUUGGAGCGACUCACUAAGCAAGGUAUAAUUGAACCAGUAAAGUUUUCGGAAUGGGCAGCACCAAUUGUUCCAGUAUUAAAGCCAGAUGGUACUGUACGUAUAUGUGGUGACUACAAGUUAACAGUGAACCAAGUUUCGAAGCUGGAGCAGUAUCCAUUACCCAAGGUGGAGGAUGUGUUUGAAAAGCUGACGGGAGGUGAAAAGUUCAGUAAGCUGGACCUCAGUCAGGCAUAUCAACAAGUGAUUCUGGAAGAAGGGUCAAAGGCAUAUGUUACCCUUAACACACACAAAGGUUUGUUCCAAGUCAAUCGUUUACCUUUUGGUGUUUCCUCUAGUCCAGCUAUUUUUCAGAGAAUAAUGGAGGGACUGGUGGCAGGAAUUCCGAAGGUGGCUGUGUAUUUAGACGACAUCCUGUUGACGGGUAGGAACAAUCGAGAGCAUUUAGAGACGCUGAACGAAGUACUGAGACGACUGCGAGAGGCAGGUCUGAGGGUGAAGCGGAGCAAAUGUGCUUUCAUGGAACAGGAAGCAGAGUUUUUGGGGUACAAAGUGGACGCAUCGGGCCUACACCCCCUGCCAAACAAGGUAAAAGCUAUCCAAGAGGCACCUGCACCAACAAAUGUUACAGAGCUGAAAGCCUACUUAGGUUUACUCAACUAUUAUAACAGGUUCCUGCCAAAUCUGUCAACGCUGUUAGCUCCUUUACAUAAGCUCUUAAGGAAGGAGACACGAUGGUCGUGGCAAGAGGAACAGGCCAGAGCGUUUGAGCAGUCAAAGGAACUAAUGCAGUCUUCAGAGGUUUUGGUGCAUUACGAUAGUCACAAGGACUUAAUUUUGUCAUGUGAUGCCUCACCUUAUGGGUUGGGAGCUGUGUUGGCACACCGGAUGUCAGAUGGACAAGAGAGACCUAUUGGGUUCAUGUCACGAACUUUAACGCCAGCAGAGUCAAACUAUUCUCAGCUAGACAAAGAAGGGUUGGCUGUAAUGUUUGGAAUAAAGAGGUUCCACAAAUACCUCUAUGGCAGGAAGUUUACUAUUUGUACUGAUCAUAAGCCAUUGUUGUCAUUGUUCAAUGAGAUGAAAGCAGUGCCGCAGAUGGUUUCUCCACGAAUUCAGAGAUGGGCUGUAACUUUGAGAGCUUAUGAAUACGAGAUUGUGUAUAAGCCAGGAACACAUCAUAGCAAUGCAGAUGCGUUGAGCCGUUUGCCAAUACCAGGGCAUCUCAAGGAAGAGGAAACGGAAGAGCGAGUUUUGAUGAUGGAGGACACCACGUUAGUGUCUGCAAAGGAACUGAGUGUCUGGACAAGAAAAGAUCCGAUACUAGCUAAAGUGUUUCAGUGGGUCCAACAAGGCUGGCCAAUUCAACAAACUGAUGCAGAUUUUCGGCUUUAUGAGGUGAGAAAAACAGAGCUGAGUGUGCAAGCUGGAUGCGUGUUGUGGGGGGCACGAGUGAUAAUUCCACCCCCAGGAAGACGUGUACUUUUACAGCAAUUGCAUCAAGGUCAUGUGGGCAUUACCCGAAUGAAGGCCUUAGCACGAAGUUAUUUUUGGUGGCCAAAGUUAGACCACGACAUUGAAGUCGUUGUGAAAGAGUGUAAUACCUGUCAAGAGCAUCGUAACUUACCGAUGGGGGCACCAUUACAUCCAUGGGAGUGGCCGAGCCGACCUUGGCAGAGACUUCACAUAGAUUAUGCAGGACCAUUUAUGGGAGCCAUGUUUUUGAUAAUCAUGGAUGCUCAUUCUAAAUGGAUGGAUGCCUAUCCAGUCAAAACACCCACUUCUACCAUUACUAUUGAAUGCUUAAGGAAGAGUUUCAGUAACCAAGGAUUACCAGAGACUAUUGUAUCAGAUAAUGCUUCAUGUUUUACGAGUGAAGAGUUCAAGAGUUUUCUGAAAAAGAAUGGCAUUGUACAUGUCACUUCAGCGCCAUACCAUGCAGCUUCAAAUGGUUGUGCUGAAAGGGCUGUUCAGACUUUUAAAGCAAUGAUGAAAAAGUCUGGAGAAGGAAGUAUAGCAGCAAAAGUAUCAAGAGUGUUAUUCAACUACCGUAUUACACCACAAACUACCACGGGUUUGUCACCUGCCGAGAUGUUGCAAGGACGGAGAUUAAGGUCAAUAUUGGACUUGGUGUAUCCAAACAUCCGAGCUAAGGUAGAGGGGAACCAGUGGAAGCAAAAAGAACAUCAUGAUCGACGACGGAGAGAACGGAGUUUUCUGGAGGGAGAUGCAGUGAUGACGCGAAAUUUCAGUUAUGGUCCUAAAUGGAUUCCAGGGUUCAUUGUCAAGAACACAGGUCCAUUGUCGUACCAAGUGAGGUUGAAUGGAGAUUUCGUGGUGAGGAGACAUGUGGACCAGAUUCUGAGGAGCGACCCGAAGAGGGAAGUCAUGGAAGUGCGAAACCCGGAAAUACCGUUAAUUUCGGAAGCAGGAUUCGCAGGGGCAGGAGGAUCGCCAAUCGUGGAGCCUGAGGGAGACCACCGGAACUCGGAAGGAGAGGUUCCUGAGGAUCCAACUGUUCCAGGGAUGGACAUACCGGUACCAGAGAUGAGUAUGACUUGCAGAAGUUGUGAGAUGUAG